AUGUUAGAGGAGGACACAGGCCCCGGGUGGUUGUCCGAGGAGGUGAAAACUGGGGUAAGUAUGAGGUUUUUAGUGUCUUUGGAAGUUUGGUGAAUUGUAAAUGCGCGCCUUUAGUCCGGAAAGCACGUUUGCACUGUGCCACGCGCAGAACUGAUAGUAGUCUAUGUUGAGAGAGUCAUGAAUAAUGAUGUUUGUUCAUCCUUAUUCGUAGACCACCAUCAUUGCCAUCGAAUAUAACGGAGGGGUCGUACUGGGGUCCGAUUCCCGGGUGUCUGCAGGGUACGUAAGAGCGUGCGUACUCGCGUGCGCAUUCCGUCAAGUUCUGUAUCACCGCACAUUAUCUACCUAUCAUGAAGACGCAGCUAUUCCCAUGCUUUAAAAACAUAGUUUACCAUUUAAAUCUCUGUAUUUUCCUUACUGUAAUCUGUGUCCACUGUCUCUCCCACUAUGUGAACAUCUGCACCACACGGUCACAUUCUCCUCUUUCCUUCCAGGGAGGCAGUGAUGAACAGGGUGAUGAACAAACUUUCUCCCCUCCAUGACAAGAUCUACUGUGCCCUGUCAGGAUCUGCAGCAGAUGCUCAAACCAUUGCAGAGAUUGUCAACUACCAGCUGGAUGUUCACAGGUAAAUAGACAGCCAAGCCUAAACUUAAAUACCAAUACUGAGUUACACCUUUUGGCAUAAAAAGGUUAAAUGUAUGAAAGAUUAUUAAGAUUUAUCAAGCGGCAACUCGAAUUAGAAGAUGUCAGUAUUUUACCAGCCCUUUAAAAUGUUUAUCUCACACACAUCUUCAUCUAGGAAAAAGAGAAUAGCUGUACAGCCUCAGCUUUCCUGAUGUUAAGUGCUGCGUGUAACAGUGUUGAAUCAUUAUGGCAGGAAUAUGAUGGAUGUAUUUUAUCUUCCCAUGUCAGUCUUGAGAUAGGUGAGGACCCCCAGGUUCGUUCAGCUGCCACUCUGGUGAGAAACAUCUCUUACAAGUACAAGGAGGAGCUGUCUGCUCAUCUCAUUGUGGCCGGCUGGGACAGAAGAGACGGAGGACAGGUCAGUAAACACAUGUAGUUGUCUGCAGUUUGGAUGGAGAGAGUAUCUUUCAGAUUAGAAUGAUCACCUCAAAAAAUUAACAACCACAAACCGUGUUUCUGCAACCCUGACAAGGUGAUUUUGUUGCUUUUUGACGGGUCACACAGCUGGUCAAUGUCAAUGUCACGUUUAUUUAUAUAGCACCUUUAUAGGACAGGCCAGACAAAGUGCUUUACAGGAGAAAAAGAAAAGCAUAAAAUAAUGAAAGCUACAAAUAUGGCAACAUUAAAAGUGCAACAUACAAUGACAACAAUAAAAGAAAAGCGUACGCGAGUAAAAGCAGGUGACAACUCAGCCAAAGGCUAGGGUAAACAGGUAGGUUUUAAGGUGCGUUUUGAAGGAGGUGAGGCUAGUUGCAGAACGCACAGACAGAGGCAGGGCAUUCCACAGAGUGGGAGCAGCAACCGCGAAUGCCCGAUCCCCUCUGCUUUUAAGCUGGGUUCUCGGCACAUCUAAAACCAUCCGGUCAGCAGACCUCAGGGAUCUGGUGGGUCGGUGCGCCUUGACAAGGUCGGAUAAAUAUUCUGGGGCCAGCCCGUGCAAAGACUUAAAAGCAAAUAAAAGAAUUUUUAAAAUCAAUCCUGAACUUGACUGGGAGCCAGUGAAGUGAGGAGAGCACCAGUGAGAUGUGCUCCCAUUUCUUGGUUCCGGUCAGGAGACGAGCAGCAGCAUUUUGCACAAGCUGUAGGCGGUUAAUUUCAGUUUGGCUGAUGCCAAAAUACAGCGAGUUACAGUAGUCAAGGCAAGACGAGAUAAAAGCAUGGAUAACCUUUUCCAGAUCUGGCCUCCUAAGAUAAGGCUUGAUUUUUGCCAGUAGCCGAAGCUGAAGAAAACUAGCCUUCACAACGGAGCUGAUCUGCUUGUCCAGCUUAAGAGCCCCAUCAACAAUGACACCUAGGUUUCUGGCCUGGGAACCUAUAUAGGGUACUAAGGGGCCGAGGGAGCUGGCAAGGACCUGGACGGUGUCAGGGUUGCCAAAGAGGACAAUCUCAGUUUUGUUUUCAUUUAAUUUUAAAAAGUUCAGGUCCAUCCAUGUUUUAAUAUCCCUCAAACAGUUGAACACGGCCUGAAGGGAUUCCUUGGAGGGGGCUCUUAGCGGCAGGUACACCUGCACGUCAUCAGCAGAGCAAUGAAAGUGGAUGUCGUGCUUCCUAAAUAUUGACCCCAGGGGAAGCAUGUAAAGGGAGAACAGCAGAGGGCCUAGAACUGACCCCUGAGGGACUCCACAGGUUAGAGGGGCCACUGAGGAGGAGUACUGCCCCAAUUUUACACUGAAGGAUCUGUCGGCAAGGUAGGAUUUAAACCAUUCUAGAGCGGGGCCUUUAAUGCCUACAGUGUGCUCAAGGCGUGAUAAGAGGAUGGAGUGGUUCACCGUAUCAAAUGCUGCUGUAAGGUCUAGAAGCAUUAAGAAGGCACAAUCACCCGAGUCAAGAUUUAAAAGAAGAUCGUUAAAAACUUUUAAAAGAGCAGUUUUAGUGCUAUGAAGAGGCUUGAAACCUGAGUGGAACAGCUCACCAAUAUUGGCUUGAUCUAAAAAAAUGCUGGUAUAUAAAGCUGUAGUAUUACUGCUGAAGCGCUUGUUAUUUGCCUGUUUUCACUCAGAUUCAAAUGACCACAGUCGUUGUGUCCUUUGACCUCUUCCAGGUUUUUGCAACCCUGAAUGGUCUCCUGACCAGGCAGCCAUUUGCCAUCGGUGGCUCAGGCAGCUCUUACGUUUACGGUUUUGUGGAUGCAGAGUAUCGCCGGGGCAUGAGCAAAGAGGAGUGCCAGCAGUUUGUUGUCAACAGUAAGUUUUUAUUUCCAAGCUUUGUUUUUGUCAGAGAAGUUAAUUUUUGAGAGGAAGCCAGACACUUACUGCUUUUCACUACAUGCAUCAGCGUCCUCACCGGUCUUUUAUUGUAUUUCUCUGUCUUGUAGCUCUGUCUCUAGCAAUGAACCGGGAUGGCUCCAGCGGAGGAGUGGCUUAUAUGGUCACCAUUGAUGAACAAAAGGCAGAGGAGAAAGUCAUUCUGGGAAGUGACUUACCCACCUUCUUUGAUCAGUGA